AUGUUCUUUACAUCUCUCGCUGUCGCCACAUUGGCGGUUGGUCUUUCUGCGGCCGAUACCACUAUGGCUGGCCCCUCUGGUACCAUCGAAUCGGGCGUCAAUGGUGUUACGAUCGCUGGCCAGUCCGGUACCAUCAAGUCAGGUGCCAGUGGUGUUACUCUUGCUGGCGCCUCUGGCACAAUCCUCUCUGGACCCAAUGGUAUUACGGAAAUUGGUGCUUCUGGAACUCUCAUAUCAGGCACAAACGGCAUUGAGACUCUCAUUGGCACCGCCGGAACCCUUGUCAUGUCCAACGGCGCUGUCAUUACCCCAGCUGCCGGGAAUGAUUCUCCCACGUCUGCAGCUCCCGCUACUGGAGCCUCCUCGACCGGAAGCCCUACCACCGACUCAGCUGCUACGUACACAGGAGGCAUCGCACCGUCCGCCAUGGCCGACGUUUACAUGAUGGGAGCAAUCGCCCUUGCUGGCGCCGGUGCUCUGUUGUAG